GCAAGAAGAGAGUCAGUAGAGGGUGGCUCUGUACCUAAAGCAACUCCACUAUGAAUUUUAGGAUUUAUACGGCAGUUUAUUGCUUCCUAUGCACCGGAAUCCUAAAGCACCAUAAUGGAGUUGCAACAGCAGGUUCAACCUUUAGACAAAGUAGGCAGCUUUCCUGCUUGUUUGAGACAACUGAAACAAUCCCAUUGUUAAGUGAAUUCAAGUACAUCAGACAGAAUGCCUGGCUCCUGCUGAGUGGAACUGAGAGACCUCACCAAGAAAAUCCUCCUGCUGCUGAUACCCUCACAUUUAUUGUACAAGAGUCCUCACUGGAUAUUCUCCAACAUGUGGAUGAGGAUACUGACAAGCUUGAAUGUAAGAUUAGCAGAUAUUUUACAGAUAACACCCAGAUCCUCUGGCCUGGGUUACAAACUCAACUUCAUAAACUAGAUUCGUGGUUCACUGGCACCAUAAAGCACCUGGCUGACAAAUUCACCGUUACGGUCUUUUUGGUACAAUCAAGUGCCAGCAAAGAGGCAGAGAACGGAGUCCCCGAAGAUGUUUCUCAAGGCAACGCAGAGAGAUUUUAUCUUUCAGGUGUAUUCUUGGUACGCACAGGACCCUCUCUAAUUCAGUCUGGCUUGAAUAAGGAUGUCCUCCUCAGCUGUGCUUUCUCAGUCGAUCACCACACAGAUGUCACCAUCAAAUGGGUAUUACAGCAGAAAGGGGGACACAAGAAGCUGAUAUUUGCCUACAAUGGAUUUACCAGGCAGGUGGAACACAAGGAUAAACGGGCUGAGAUGUUCCUAGCAGAGAUGCCUAAGGGGAAUGCUUCUCUCUUACUAAGAACAGUGGGAGUAAGAGAUGGAGGGACCUAUUCUUGCUCAAUAUUGGUGUCGUCACUUCUUUGGGCACAGAAUAUCCAGCUGGAAAUAGUAGAAAAGCCCACAGUGACCCUCAACGCUGACGUCCUGUCUCUGGUGGAAGGAGACGAACACAAGCUGGUCUGUGACAUCAGUCACUUUUACCCUCAUGAUGCCGAGGCUCAGUGGCUUCAGGAACCAAUGGAGCAGGGGAUGCUCCCACAUGUGGUGACUCACGUUGUCUCUAGUAGUCACAGGCACAACAGCGAUGGGACUUACAGCUUCUCCAGUUACUUCCUGCUUAAGGCCUCCCUCAGGGACGAUGGGCGUAGGUACACCUGCCGGGUGGAACACCAAAGCCUGAAACACCCAAUCAAGAAAAGCCUGAUGGUUAAAGUAACAGAAUCUACCUCAGCAACUUGGUUCCUUGUCAUCCUAUUCGUCCUUCUCGCUGGGUGUCUUGUUGUGACGUUGUGUUACCUUUACCGAGGGAUGAACACCAAUAAGCCAAAACCUUACUAGAGCACAAGACCUUUCAGUCCAGUCAGGACGUGCUGCUCCCCAGCUGAGAAAUAAAUCACAGCACAGAGAGUGGAAAGAAAGAACAUGUGCCUCUAACUUCAUCCUGCGCUGGAUUUGCCCUAGUAGCUCUAGAUGGUGUUUCUCCGAACACUGGUCUGAUUCUGUGUUGCCUUGUACACUUAUAAAAGCUACGGCUGGUGGGAGUGGAGAAUUCUGAUUUGGUGGUGUUACACACAAGUUGCGAAGGAAUGAAAAGUUGAGCCUCAUCUGCACACCGUGAUUUUUUUGUACUGCUAUGAAUGUUGGUUAGUGAGAUGAAUUAUUUUUGUUUAACUGAUGCAGCUGGUAGUAGUUAUGCCAGUACAUCCCCGUCGGUGGACACCUAUUCCCCUUACCACAUGGAAAUAAGAUGCCCUAAAAUAACUUCAUCCAUACUAGGGGGGAUUGUAAUACUGUAUGCUGGUAUAGUUAAUGAUAUACAACUUGUAUGCGGACAAGGCCAUAGAUAAGAUCCUUUAAAAUUAUGGGCCAGAUUCCUUGUUGCCCUGCCCCUUGUAUAAUCAUUUACACAAGUGCAGAUUGGGUAUGAAAUAUUCCCAGUCUGACUGACUAGCAUGUUGCACUGAUUUUGGCCAAAUUUACACUAUGGGAGUGAUAGUAGCAUGGCUAGCUGUAGGAUAUGAAAAGAUUUUUUUUCUCGUCGCUGUAAGAACGCCACCUCCCCAAGCGAUGGUAAUGAGAUUGAUGGAAGCAUUCUCCUGUCGACUUAGCUAUGGAUGGGGGUGUGGAUCUAUAUAGACCAGGCCUUUGGGGUAAAAAAAACUACACAAGGUGCCGGGCGGUGGAGAAUCUGGCUUUAUGACCUCCAACAGUUUUCACCAGUAUUUCUCAGUCAUCAAUCAGAUGGCCUGUAUUUGCAUGUGAGCAUUGUUAUGUCUGGGGGUUUAUGGGUGGUGGUGGGUUUUUUUUUUAAAGCCACAUGGGUGCCCAGGUAACUUAUCCUAGUAAAUGAACAGCAAGAGUUCUACUCUGUUCCCUCUCUCUUGCCUCCACACUUGCUGGUUUGAGCACCUUCCCUGCAGUACUUGCCCUCUCAAACAACCUUCCUGUAUCUCUCUGCUUUAUCCUUCCACAUAUCUUCAAACGCGUCUGUGCUCUGCGUAGUCCUAUUCAUUUUUCUCUUGUAGCUAUAGAAAUGCUUUAAUUUAUUUAACAUGCAGAUAAUACCUUCACACCAUUGUUACUCUAACUUGUGCCAUCCAUUGCCCGCUCACUGGUUAGUAUCAGUCACAUCUGCCUUGGGGACACAGUUUGUGUGAAAAAAACGUGUGCAAAAUGGGGUUGCAUCAGGCUGUCCAUGCCAUUGCUCAGGCAUAGUUUUUACACCAGUGCUUCUUUUUGAGGAGUUAAUUUACUAUGUAAUUUACAUUUUGGGCACUGGCCAUCUUCUUUAAUAUUUAUGUGCAUAUGCAAGACUUAAGUUCUACACCUGAAAACAAUCCAGAAAUUGAAGCUGGUGCCAGGAUGUAGCAGCUUGUUUGGUAAGUAGAGAAUAUUCUACCAGUGCCCUGCCAUCUCUAGGGGCUGUGUGUUGGGUUUCCGGGUGACAUUUAAGGUAUUGAUUUUGACCUAUAAAGCCCUAAAUGGCUUAAGGACCUACCUACCUGAGACUCUGUCCUUGAGCCAUGCAGUUGAGAUGAGCAGACGGGCUGGAGUCAUAGGGGGCUAUUGGCUGAGCAAUUCUCUGUGAGGACCCCACAGCUUUAGAAUUAGCUCCCCACCCCCAUCGGAAAUAGACCGUCUGAUCAACUUCAGGACACAUUGCAAAUCUUACCUUUUAGUCCCCAGGUAUUUGAAAAGGGUGGUUGCAUGCAGGCAGGAUGGUUAUAAGGGUGGGAAAUGGUUGGAGAGAAAAGGUAUUUGAAUUUUAAACUUGCCUGGGUCCCUGGCGGUCAUUUACAUUGACUUGUUUGGCUGUACUUGGAAUAGCUUGAAGUCAUGGUGUCUAGAAUGUACGGUGUGGCCCCUUUUUAGUAUUUGUGCAAAUCUGAAUAAAUCAAUCUGCUUGCUGGCUUUCUUAAAUGCAAAGGGGUCAUUAAACAUUUAACAGCAAUAAAGCCACAUAAGAGAAACUCAAAUAAAUUCUGAUUUGUUUGACUCAAUUCUUAAUCUCUGGCUGCUGGCGUAGGCUCCGUGGAUUUGUUACUCCUCAGGUCUCAAUAUUCCCACCCUGGUUUUUCCAUGGCUGGCUCUAUAACAGAGGCCUGCAGUUGUGUUUGACAAGGGUUCGUGUGAAUGUUGUUUUUAGUUUUGGCUUAGGUUGGUCUGCACCCUCCGCUCCAUAGAGUUGCAUGGAAAGGCUGUCUAUAGACUUGGAUUUUAGCCACAGGUGUAGCUGCAUUUA